UCAAAGAACAUUCUUCACACAAAAUAGACAGCAAUAAUGGCGGAUCCCAAUAAUGGCUCAAACCUUCACGUAGCAAUGUUUCCAUGGCUUGCAAUGGGCCACAUGACUCCCUACCUCCAUCUCGCUAACAAGCUAGCCGAGAAAGGCCACAAGGUCACUUAUCUUCUACCCAAGAAAGCUCAACAGCAACUGCAACAUCUGAAUCUCCAUCCUCAUCUCAUCACCUUCCAUCUUGUAACCAUUCCCCACGUCGAUGGACUCCCGGUUGGCACCGAGACAGCCUCUGAAAUACCCAUUUUCUUGAACCAUUUGCUCGCCAUAGCCAUGGAUCUUGCGCGUGACCAAGUCCAAGAAUUCAUCGUUCGGGCAAAACCCAACUUGGUUUUGUACGACAAUGCUCAUUGGAUCCCAGAAAUAACAAAGCCGCUCGGCAUCAAAACUAUAUGUUACAACGUGGUUUGCGCCGCGGCAAUCGCCAUCGCCAUAGUCCCGGCUCGAAAUGUUCGUAACGACAAACCCAUUACAGAGGAAGAAAUUGCAGAGCCUCCCGCUGGGUACCCAUCAUCCAAAGUGGUGCUUAAAGGCCAAGAUGCUCGUAAUUUGAUGUUUAUAUCGCUGCCUUUCGGAGACGGGAUCUCGUUCUACGAGCGGGUAACAAUUGCAUUGAAGAAUUCCGAUGCGAUUGCGAUAAGAACAUGCAGCGAAAUAGAAGGAAAAUUCUGUGAUUACUUAGGGAGUCAGUAUCAAAAACCUGUUUUCUUAACCGGUCCGGUUUUACCUGAACCGGAGAAAACAGUGGCAUUAGAUGAGAAAUGGGUUAAAUGGCUAGGUGGGUUUGAACCAAAUUCAGUCGUUUUUUGCGCAUUCGGUAGCCAACUCAUUCUUGAAAAAGACCAAUUUCAAGAACUUUUGCUUGGGUUUGAACUCACUGGUUUACCAUUUCUGGUAGCUCUAAAACCACCGGCUGGGGCAUCAACCAUUGAAGAAGCUUUUCCGGAAGGGUUCGAGCAGAGAGUUAGAGGAAGAGGAGUUGUUUGGGGUUCAUGGGUUCAGCAGCCAUUGAUUUUGGUUCACCCAUCUGUGGGUUGUUUUGUGAAUCAUUGUGGAUUUGGGUCGAUGUGGGAGUCAUUGAUUAGCGACUGUCAGAUAGUUUUGGUGCCUCACCUGGGUGACCAGAUGUUGAACACGAAGCUUUUGGCGGAUGAAUUGAAUGUUGCUGUAGAGGUGAAAAAAGAGGACAAUGGAUGGGUGUCAAAGGAGAAUCUUUGCAAUGCCAUUAAAUGUGUGAUGAAUAAAGAUAGCGAAGAGGGUGAUUUGGUGAGGAAGAAUCAUGCUAAGUGGAAGGAAACACUGGGAAGCUCAGGUUUAAUGAGUGGUUAUAUUGAUAAGUUUGUUCAGAAUAUUCAUGAUCUUGUCAAAUGAUGACACAUAUAUAUAUGUAUAUGUAUGUAUGCCAACUUUCAUUGUUAAUUAGCUUCUUUCAAUGUGAGAAAUAAACUGUGAAAGCUUUAGAUCCUUACUUAUUCUACUUAUUUGCGUCUGUUUGUCGUGCG